GGGGCAGUUGUCGGAUUUUUUUCCAUGCUUCCGGUCAGUUGACUGAGUCAUGGCGGAGGAGGAGCUGUUGCCCUCAUCUCAGGAAGAGCCUGAAGUAUUUGAAAUUGAUCUCCCUAUCACUGUCCUUGAACUAAGUGAUGAUGAUUUUUUGGGAUAUGGAGAAGAAGAGUACCCAGCUGUGGAUAAAGAUGGGUAUUUUCAAAAUGAAGAUAGAAGAAUAGAAUGUGAGGAUGAACAGUUGCAAAACCAUGGGAAAAACCAGAUUGAACUGGUUGAAGUUGUGGAAGUGGAGGAUGACAGUGAAGAAACUAUGAUGCUGAAGAACAAUAAUGUAGUCCAAAUGGCCUCUUUGCAGAAUGUACUGAACCAUUGUGAUCAUAGUCAAAACUGGAGAAUGGGCUUCUUGGACCACAAGGUGCAUGAUGGCAUUGAAAUUACAUGUGUGAAAACAGUGGAGAGUAAUGACAGCUUUUAUCAAAAGAUAUUGAAUCCUUAUUUGAGCAUUCCAGGUGCUGCUUCUUUGGAGACUGGAUUUAAGAAAGCUAGUGGUGGACCUAAAAAGAAUAUUGGGCUUGAGGAUGAUGCAUUCCCAGGUAGCAAAUCAAGAGAAAAUUGGGGUGAAAAUGAGCAAUGUGACUCCUGCAUUGUUAACAAUUACUGUCCUCUGGGAAAUUUUCUGGAAGAGCCUGGAAGAAUUUGCACAAAGGAUGGUUGCAGUAAUGGUUCAGCUAAAUGAUCUGUGCCACGAUUGACAGUAGAAGCCCCUUUGCAGCAUCAGUGAGCCAGGAUCAUGGAUAUUGCCAUAAAGUAAAGUAUAAAUCAAAAGAUGACAAAAUAGAAGCCCAACUAUUAGGUACUGA